GUUAAGUCCAUAUCUAUCUAUCUCAUGGACCUAAACUACCCAGAAGAGAGCUACUCCAAGAGCUCCAGUGAAGAAACUGAUGAUCCAUCAUCUGAGCAGAACAAUGAUGAGACGAUAGGAACUGGUAGAUCCUACGAGUGCAUCUUUUGCAAGAGAGGCUUCACCACAGCACAAGCCUUAGGUGGACACAUGAACAUACACAGAAAAGAAAGAGCCAACAACAAGAACAAACCCGUUUCAAUAUUCCCUAAUUCUCCUCCUUCGAGUUCAAACAAAGUUGAUGGCAACAACAACUAUGCAGAUCUCGGAUUCUUCUCACAAUUUCCAAGCCAUUCCAGUACUGCACCAAGUAUUAAACCUUCUCAUGGUGAGUUUUUGUGUGUAGAAAACCAAAGGGGUCAUCAUGUGUUUGCGCAAGAUUGGAGGAAGAGAAAUUUGAGCUUGUAUAGUAAUCCAUUGCAUUUUCAUGAAAUUAAAGAUAAGCUUGAAGAGAGUGAAGGGGAUGGACUAGAUUUGGAGCUGAGGCUUGGUCAUCAUCAUCCAUAGCAUGCAAAUAUACAUAUCAUCCUUUGUAUCCAUCAACCAUGCAUAGAUAUAUCAGAUGGGAGCAACUAAUUUUGAUUAUAUAAUCGUAAUGGAUUAUGUGAUCAAAUUAAUUCCUUUUACUUCACGCGUGAACUUUCCAUUUGGAUAUAUAUAUAUUUAGCAUGUAUGCUUUUCGGGCUCUAUCAUAAGGAGAUUUGUAUAGACACAGAUGGCAAUGAAGAAGCAGAAAGUCAAAGCUUGGGGCUUCUUCUGGCUAGUGAAGUUAAGAUGGUUCUUAUGAGGAAGGUAUUACUAAGAAUUUUUCGAUCUCAUGAUGAAAAUAAUGUCUAAUUAUGUGAAUGUUUGUUUUGGUACUC